AUGAAGAUCCCCGAGGCGCUUUCCCUUCUAGUAACCAGUCUUCCAGCCUGCUACGGCUGGGAGAUGAUGAAGCUUUCGAGCACAGCGGUAUCAGGAUUCGACAGCAUUGGAAGCGACCUGGAGGGGGCGUGCAUCACGAACUAUACCAUCCCUCAAGGAACCAGGUUCCGGCUCGACGGUAUAGCCGGUGGCUUCACAGUGGAACUUUUCGCAGACUUCAUAUGUCGAACACAUCCUACCGGGAAUUAUUCCACAGAUGGCGAAAUUGUGGCUGUGGAGACGUGGAACAGUUUCUGGGUCCGCAGGCAGUUGUGA